AUGCCACUGAGCGUGGUAAAGAGCGAAGGAUCUAGUUUCAUUAAUCCAGAUCCAGAGGAAAGAGCGGUCAGCGAACCUUGGAUCCUGAGCUGCGGGUACUGCAAUUGGUCGACCCUUGACAUUGGCUGGCGGUUCGAAAGCAACAAGAACAUGCACCAACAGAUGGCCAAGCUCAAGGUUGGAGGACGGCCCAGGUCUACUCGCGUAAUGCCUACGGACUUCGCCAAAUCUGUGGGAUCUGGACCUUCAUCCGAGACUGAGUCAACGUCUUUGUCUGCGCUGGACAACGAUCCUGACGCCGCGUUCGCUGCAGUUAGAUCUUUCUACUCCUCUCAGCUGUCAGCUUCCAAUCCUUCGGACCCACUUCUCACUCCCUCCGGAGGUUACAAUUAUAGCUCUCCGAGCAGUCUUGCACGUAUCAUGAGCCUCUAUACUGGCCGCUCCUUUGGCAAGAAGGAUACGGGAAAAUCCACCCUCAUGCGAGAAACUGCCGAAAUUUCAGAAGGACUCAGGAUUGUGUAUCCUGCUUCUGAUGACGAAGCUGUAAAAAAGCUACGUACCGAAGGCUGGACAGGAAUUGCGAGCGUAGCUCAACAAGCCGAACAGCGUCAUGUGUCUCGGUUCGUCGAUGACCUACGUCCAAUGGGCCCCCUCCUCCGCACGAAACGCAGCAAACGCUGUCGGGCUUGCCGGCACUUGCUCGUGAGGCCAGAACAGAAGGUCCAAAGUACACGCUUCAAGAUCAGGCUUGUAGCCUUGAAUUACAUUCCAACCAUAUCACUUAAGCCAUUACAGCCAUCACCUUCUGCCGAGCUACCUCUGAUUGAUCUCAAAGCGUUGACGCCACUGCGACCAAGCCAAUUUCUGGUCACUCUCAAGAACCCUCUCUUUGACGCUGUCAAAGUCACCCUUGCAACACCUGUACAAACUCCUGGGCAGUAUACCCACAAAGUGACCGUUCUCUGCCCAGAGUUUGACAUUGGCUCCAACGUAGACCAGUGGGACGAGGCCCUCGGUGAUGGUAAGAGCCGAAGAUCCAGUAAGCUCUUUAGCAUUUCGAAAGUUGAGUAUGCGGGAGGUGAGGGUGGAAGGAUAGCCGAGGCUGGUAAGGUCUGGGAGAAAGGGAGGAACUGGACAAGCGUUGUGGUCGAGGUCGCUUGUGCAGCUAUUGCGGAGAGUGAGGAAUUGGAAGACGAUAUAGAUGUGCUCGAAAUACCCAUGUUUGUGAGAAUGGAAUGGGAGGCUGAUUUGGAACGGGAAGGGAAAGAUGAGGCAAAGGGCGAGAAGAAGGAGAAGAGAGAACUAGCAUACUGGACUGUUCUUGGUGUUGGGAGGGUAGGGAAGCUCGAAGCAGCAUCAUCCUAG